AUGCCGUUGAAACGAGGAUUAGAGCGGGAAUCGUGCGACUUCUGCUAUCGACGAAAGAUCAGAUGUGAUCGAUCCUUGCAAGCUACACAAGGCCAGGCCACAUGCUCGCAAUGCGCCCGGCGCGAGGAACAAUGCCGCCUCGAUGACUCUGAUGAUAUUCGUAUUCAACGACGCCGCAUUUUCACCGCUCAUGGUGGCAUUAUGGACACCUGUGUCCGAGAAUCAGAGACCUCUCCCGUUGAUACAUCGUUGAAACAUCAAGAUAAAUCACCCUCUUCUGCUCCAGCAUCCCGAUCCAAAUCUCUUCCACUAGAAGAUGUCAACACAGCACCAUCACAGUACCCAGAUAACCUGGUUCCUGAUGAUACAUUCUGGUUGAGUCUUGACAAUAUCCUCUUCCUCGACCAAGUCUUCAUGGGCGACCCUCUACCAGCAGAAUGGAAUGGCAGCCAACAAAUUACAACUCAACAAGGUCCAUCUUCGGCCACGGACCACGGCCAGUCUGGCACCCCAGACAAUCAUGAGCAGAGAGCUACCUUCUCCGUUGAAACGCUCGAUCAAUCUUCCUGGUCGGGAGACUCUGCAGACUCGAGUACUUUUACUGCAGCACUACAUUCCUACUUCAGCUUCGCGGCUCUAUCUCUUCCAAUUAUUCUCGAGGACGCCUUCUGGCAAGACUACCGUGCGGGUCGAUGUGGCCAGCCUCUUUUAAAUGCCAUUGCCUGCCGCGGUGUGCCCUUCACCGCAACUCUAAACCAGUGGGAUCUUCAACAGCGCUUUGCAUUCAAAUUCCGGGAGGCAUUCCUUAAAGCCCGAAGCACCGCAUCUAGUGAUGGAAUUACCAGACUGGACGACCUUGAAGCUCUGGCACUUAUGAUCGAUUUCGUAUACGAGGAUGCAGACAAUCAACUGCUGCAUUCAAGUCUGGGGAACCUCUUCCUAAAGCAUGAGUCGCUCGUUUUAAUGACGUUGCAGUCUCGAAUCUGUGAUCGCAGCUCGACGACUUCAAAUUCGUCAUCAAUUCUGACAAGGGCUGGCGAGCGUCGCGUGCGUCUCUAUUGGCAUGUCUAUGGACUUGACGCCUUUCACUGCCUUGAUCUUAAACAAAUAUCCUAUAUUCCAGACGACCAUGCCGGUAGUAAUGAGAGACUUCCGCAAGGUGAAGCCGAGGGAUACUUCGAUGCUAUACUUGCCCUGGCAAUUAUUGCGCGCAAGAUCAUCCAGGCUUUGUGCAGCGCCGCCGCUAAACGCCGAGGCGUCGAUCCAAAUGAUGUGCAUACUCUCUACGAAAAGAUUUAUCAUUGGAGGAACAAUGGUUGUCCAGAACAUCUACGGAGGCAUGAAGGUCCUGCAGGUAAAUUGGCAAAUAUCUACCUCGGGGAUUCCAAUGCCAAUACGUUGAAGAAACACAGUCAAAUACAUCGUGCAGUGUUAUGGGCGCUCGAGAUUAACUGUUUAUUGCAGAUCGAGCAUUGUGUCUCUGAAUAUGGGAUACACGACAGCAGAAGCUUAGUGGCAGAGACGACUGCAAUAUGUGUCGAAUAUGAAAGUGUAAAAGCGCUGAAUGACAUGAUCGAUAUAUGUCGGUGGAUGGAGCAGUACGAGAUCCGCGGUCAAGGUGAAAGACGGCACUCUUUGAUUGAUCUUGCACCAUCUGCGUUGCGCAACAUUUGUGCUGGCAUGUGCUUUUGGUCGUGUCAGCGUGGUAUUGAAUUCUGCCGCCGUGAUCCCCCAAUUUUACUUCAUUCCUCCUCAAACCGGGAUCGUACAGGCAGGAGAUGUGCCCAGAUUGAGGAUAAAAAGCGACAUAUCAACAGUUAUGCCGAAACAGCACAGAUAUUGCGAGAUGCGGUAGCGAGGGCAACAUCGCACCAUGACACGGCUCAGGUUCUUGAGCGGCUUGAUAAACAGCGGGCCUUGCUUCAAACCGAGCUAGGUGAUAUAUAA